UUUGUUUGUACAGAUCUGAAGGGCCCAACCCAAGACGUGGCAUGGAUUGAAUCCCAGAAAACCCGCCAUCCUCUCUUCAUUCUUUUUCAUUUCCUUCUCACUGCUCUUUCUUUGCACUCUUUCUCAUCUAAACCCUUCAAUCUCAACUUUCUCUUACUCAAAUCAGUCAUGUAUGGCGGUGACGAAGUAUCAGCCAUAGUAAUAGACCUGGGUUCGCAUACAUGCAAAGCCGGUUACGCUGGCGAAGAUGCUCCCAAGGCCGUUUUCCCCUCUGUUGUUGGUGCAAUUGAUCAAAUGGACAUUGAUGGACCUGUUCAUGCUGGAGUGUCAUCUGGAUCUGCUGUGGAUUUACAAAACAAUAAAAAAAAUCAUGAAUCUGACAGAACCAAGGAAAAAUGCAAACUUUAUGUAGGAUCUCAGUCCUUGGGAUACCGUCGAGACUAUAUGGAGCUGCUCUCACCAUUGAAGAAUGGAGUUAUUGUUGACUGGAAUAUUGUUGACAACAUAUGGGAUCAUGCUUUGAGGGAAUGCCUCUUAGUUGAUCCUAAAGAGCGUCCAAUGCUACUUGCCGAACAAUGUUCCAACACUCAAGAACAGAGAGAAAGGGCAGCAGAACUUAUGUUUGAAAAAUAUAAAGUACCAGCAUUGUUUUUGGCGAAGAAUGCGGUUCUCACAUCUUUUGCAUCAGGGCGUGCUACCUCAUUAGUUGUUGAUAGUGGUGCUGGAUCAACUACAGUUGCACCAGUACUGGAUGGUUAUGUUCUUCAAAAGGCUGUGAUAAGUUCUCCUAUAGGAGGACAAUUUCUGACAGAAUGCUUGACGAGAAGUUUGGAAGCCAAAGGUAUCACACCAAGACCUCGAUAUUCAUUCAAGAAAAAGGAAAUAAGUCCUGGGAAUCUUCAGAUUGUAGACCUUGAUUUUCCACAUACAACAGAAGGCUACAAACUCUACUGCCAGAGGGUUAUUGUUGAAGACAUCAAGGAAUGUGUUUGCCGAACACCAGAUUCUCCAUAUGAUGAGAGUGCGUAUUCUAAUAUUCCUAUGACUCCAUACGAGCUUCCUGAUGGCCAAAUUAUUGAAGUCGGAUCUGAUAGAUUCAAGAUUCCUGAUAUUCUUUUUAAUCCAUCUCUUGUUCAGACAAUCCCUGGCAUGGAGAUUAUUGCAGAAAUUGCUCCUUCACUUCGCAGUCUUCCAAAAAUAAUCAUAGAGAGCAUUAAUAAGUGUGAUGUGGACAUUCGUAGAGAACUGUUUAGUACCAUACUGCUUACUGGUGGUACAGCUUCAAUGCAUCAACUGAAGGAACGCAUCGAGAAAGACUUGCUAGAGGGGUCCCCUCAAGCUGCUAGAGUUAAAGUAUUUGUCAGUGGCAAUGCUACUGAAAGAAGGUUCAGUGUUUGGAUAGGGGGAAGUAUAUUGGCUUCUCUUGGCUCCUUCCAGCAGAUGUGGUUCUCCAAGUCUGAGUAUGAAGAGCAAGGUGCUUCUUAUAUCCAAAGAAAAUGCCCUUGAGUUUCUAACGGGUGUGAUACAUGUUGAUUCUAAACUAGGCUGAUAUAGCUACACUGUAACUGGCAUAACCUCAUUUCCUUUUUUCUGCGUCGCCCUUGAUCCCCCUUUCCACAUUGUGUAAUGAAUAUGCUAUUGACAUUGUACUUGAUGAUGCUAAUGCAGUAGUAUCCGUGACAUUACUUGCAA